GCGCCUCGGGCGGCCUCCUGAGGGGCUCUGCUAAACUUCAGCGCUGCAGGGUCUUACCCUGCGGGGUGUAGGGUCCUGGCCUGGCGGGAGGGGCGGCCCGGCGGGGGUCGUGCCUCCUGGAGCCGCCCCCGGGACAUCAGUCCUGGAGGAGGCGAGGGUUGGUCCAGCUGUUGAGAAGACUAUGAACAGAUCAGAGAACUUAUUCUUUUCUAGUUCCUCAUUAGCAUCCCAAGUUCAUGCUGCUGCUGUUAAUGGAGAUAAGGGUGCUCUUCAGAGGCUCAUCAUAGGAAACCCUGCUCUUAAAGACAAAGAAGAUCAAUUUGGGAGAACACCACUUAUGUAUUGUGUGUUGGCUGACAGAUUGGAUUGUGCAGAUACUCUCCUGAAAGCAGGAGCAGAUGUUAAUAAAACUGACCAUAGCCAGAGAACAGCCCUCCAUCUUGCAGCUCAAAAGGGAAAUUAUCGUUUCAUGAAACUCUUACUCACACGCAGAGCAAACUGGAUGCAAAAGGAUCUAGAAGAGAUGACUCCUUUGCACUUGACCACCCGGCACAAGAGCCCUAAGUGUUUGGCGCUUCUGCUGAAGUUUAUGGCACCAGGAGAAGUGGAUACACAGGAUAAAAACAAGCAAACAGCGCUGCAUUGGAGUGCCUACUACAAUAACCCCGAGCACGUGAAGCUGCUUAUCAAGCAUGAUUCCAACAUUGGGAUUCCUGAUGUUGAAGGCAAGAUCCCACUUCACUGGGCAGCGAACCAUAAAGAUCCAAGUGCUGUUCAUACAGUGAGAUGCAUUCUGGAUGCUGCGCCAACAGAGUCUUUGCUGAACUGGCAGGACUAUGAGGGUCGAACACCUCUUCAUUUUGCUGUCGCUGAUGGAAAUGUGACAGUGGUUGAUGUCUUGACCUCGUAUGAAAGCUGCAACAUAACAUCUUAUGAUAACUUAUUUCGAACUCCACUUCACUGGGCAGCUUUACUGGGCCAUGCACAGAUUGUCCAUCUUCUUUUAGAAAGAAAUAAGUCUGGAACUAUCCCAUCUGACAGCCAAGGAGCAACACCUUUGCACUAUGCAGCUCAGAGUAACUUUGCUGAAACAGUCAAAGUGUUUUUAAAACAUCCUUCAGUGAAAGAUGAUUCAGACCUCGAAGGAAGAACAUCCUUUAUGUGGGCAGCAGGGAAAGGCAGUGAUGAUGUCCUUAGGACCAUGCUGAGUUUAAAAUCUGACAUUGAUAUUAACACGGCAGACAAGUAUGGAGGUACAGCCUUACAUGCUGCUGCCCUUUCUGGCCACGUUAGCACAGUGAAGUUAUUACUGGAAAAUAAUGCCCAAGUAGAUGCUACCGAUGUCAUGAAACAUACCCCACUUUUCAGAGCCUGUGAGAUGGGACACAAGGAUGUGAUUCAGACACUCAUUAAAGGUGGAGCAAGGGUAGAUCUAGUUGACCAAGAUGGACAUUCUCUUCUACAUUGGGCAGCUCUGGGAGGAAAUGCUGAUGUUUGCCAGAUAUUGAUAGAAAAUAAGAUCAAUCCAAAUGUGCAAGAUUAUGCAGGAAGAACCCCUUUGCAGUGUGCUGCAUAUGGAGGAUAUAUCAACUGCAUGGCAGUGCUCAUGGAAAAUAAUGCAGACCCUAACAUUCAAGACAAAGAGGGAAGAACAGCUUUGCACUGGUCCUGUAACAAUGGAUACCUUGACGCCAUUAAAUUACUGCUAGACUUUGCUGCUUUCCCUAAUCAGAUGGAAAAUAAUGAAGAGAGAUACACACCCCUGGAUUAUGCUUUGCUUGGUGAGCGCCAUGAAGUGAUCCAGUUCAUGCUGGAGCAUGGUGCCCUGUCCAUCGCAGCUAUACAAGACAUUGCUGCUUUCAAAAUCCAAGCGGUCUACAAAGGGUACAAGGUCAGAAAAGCUUUCCGAGACCGGAAAAAUCUCCUUAUGAAGCAUGAACAAUUGAGAAAAGAUGCGGCUGCCAAAAAGCGGGAGGAAGAAAAUAAGCGAAAAGAGGCAGAACAGCAGAAAGGAAGGCUGAGCACAGACUUCUGCAGACCCCAAGGCUUUCCUUGUCUACUACCCAGCAUCCAGGAUGAGCCCAGCAGACAGAGCUGGGCCCCCAGCAAACAGCCUCCUGCCGGCAACACGACCCAGGGCUCUGAGCCAAGAUAUUGCAGAGGGUCUCCAGGAGGGUCUCCAGGCAGAACCCCCCAGAAGGAGCAGCAUGUUUCCUCAGACUUGCAGGGAACAAACUCCAGAAAGCCAAAUGAAACAUCCAGAGAACAUUCUAAGGGCCGAUCUGCCUGUGUCCACUUCAGACCCAGUGAAGGCAAUGAUGGAAACAGGUGUUCAGGAGUCUCCUUGGUUGAGAAGUCCAGAGGUGAGACAGUUGGCGAUCAGUGGUGUGACAAGGGGAAAGCCUUCUUGAAGCAGCCCUCCUAUAUCAGGCUGCCUGGGCCUGAUGAGAAAAGAAAGGAUCCCAGUCAGGCAGCAGCAAGCCUUCCACAGCAGGAUGGCCACGGGAAGCCCAGCAGGCAGCAUGACACAGCACCCAAGGCCAAAUGUGCCCCCCAGAAAAGGCGCAUUCAAGAGCUCCAAGGAGGAAGGCACUCCCCCGCUGGUUCUAGCCGGCCUGGCAGUGCCAGGGGGGAGGUGGUCCCUGCUGGGCAGAAUCUUCUCCACCAUCGCACACCAAGAAACAAAGUGACACAAGACAAACUCACAGGAGGUCUCUAUUCAGAUUUGCCACACAGCACAGAGUUGAGGUCAGAAGCCAGGAAGCUGGGGACAUCCACCCUGACUGAGGACAUACAGGUAUCUAAGGAGACUGAUUCAAUACCUGGUCCCCUCUCUGGACAGAAUGUGAAUAUAGACCAUCUCCCCGUAGAGCUCCGACUGCAGAUAAUUCAAAGAGAAAGAAGUAGGAAAGAGCUGUUUCGCAAAAAGAACAAGGCAGCAGCAACCAUCCAGCGUGCCUGGCAAAGCUACCAGCUCAGGAAGCACCUGUCCCAACUUCUGCAUAUGAAGCAGCUUGGAGCUGGAGAUGUGGACAGAUGGAACCGAGAGUGCAUGGCACUGCUCCUCCAGGUUUGGAGGAAGGAACUGGAACUAAAGCUCCCAAAGACCAUCACAGUAAGCAGGGCCCCCAAGAGUGCAUCCAAAGGCAUCUCAGGCACAAAGUCCACCAAGCAGUCGUUGCUCAAGCAAAUCUAUGGUUGUUCUCAAGAAGGGAAAGUACGUCAUCCCACAGGAUCGUCAAAAGCCCCUUCUGUGUUGCAUCUCAAUUCAGCAAGCAACUUGCAGUGUGUACAUCUUGAGAACAGUGGAAGAUCAAAGAACUUUUCUUAUAACCUGCAAUCAGCGCCCCAAUCAAAAAACAAAGCUGUGACUGCCCAUGGAAGAAGACUAUGUUCGGGGGAGCUGGAAUAACUAAUGCAGAGUUUUAAUUCUCUGAUUAUUUUUCACAUCUUGGGAAAACUUUAAUAUCCAUGCCUGAAGCUUUAUUUGCCUGAAAAUGUGGUAACAACUGAAAGAAAAUGUCAGAAUGUUUUCUUUCUGUUAUUACACAGCACUGUUCUGUCAAUCAUCUUAGCCUGCACUAAAAGGACCAGGGUAGACUAUGCCUAGCUGUGUGCCUUCCCCUCAGUCUGUACAGCUGGAAAUGAGAAUUAAUAACAACAGUAAAGUCUAAGUAAAGCUAAGAACAAGAGCAUCUAAGGGGCUGCUUGCUGAGAUUUCUGCCAGCUAACUGGUACAGGACUCUGGUUUCUUUGCUCAAGUGAUGAACCUAAAUGAGCUGGGGAAACUGUCCCACAGCAGCCUUCUUCAUUUCACUACUGUCCUGGAAUCUAAUGCAAUAAACUUUAUCACAGAUACCACAUCCUCACCAUUACUCCAACAAUAUCAGUGCCAAAUUUUAGAUCACAGUCAUAACCCAGUGUUUGCAUUUAGAAAUUGUCUGUAAGAACGCAGGUAUACUCUAUUGAUUCCUUACAUUUUACAGUUUCCAUGUUAGCCUCUGAAGGCCACAGGUUGCUGCCACAUCCUCUCUGAAUGGCUUUCUCACUACUGGGCCUCAACAGCAGUAUCACAGUAUCAAGGAAUCAGUCAGGUAGGGUUUACAGAUCAAACUGUUCAUGCCACAAGGUGUCAACUUAGGCCUCAAACGUUCCACUUGUGUUUUCUGACCAACUUGCAAAAGUGAGCAAUUCCAAAUUCUCAAAAUGCCAUUUUUAUUGGCAGGGAAAACUGUGCUAACUCUAAA